AUUUUAAUAAAUAUAUUUUCGUAUGUUUUUUUAAACAUAUUAGUUUGUGCGCGGCGUGUGACUGUGGUACCGUACUGUUGCAAUCGAUUCACAAAAUGAUUUGGCUUGCAAUCAUAUUGGUGUUUUUAAAUAAAACAUGUUUUAGUUUUGAAAUAACCGACGAGGAAUAUGACAGAAUGCCGCCUCUCUUCAGACUCGACGAGUACCAGAAGUGUAUGGUACAGAAUGGAGUGUACUGCCAAAUAAAGAUGGACCUGUUCGCGGAACCGGAAAAUACGCUAAUGAAAUUUAUCAAAGAGUAUUCAGAAUCUACCCAUAUCAGACAUUACAACCAUUCGUACUUAGAAGAAGGAAUAUGUGUCACCAGAACUUGCAAGGAAUACAUCGGUGAUAAAAACUUAGAUGACGCUGAGGAUGUGAAGUCUGUCAUAGAAGCUUGUAGAAACGCAAGCAUCUGGAACGAGUAUGGACUGCAGGCGAGGGUGUCUUUGGUGUACAAUUGUGAUAGGAAAUCUGACCAGAGGCAGAUCGAUUUGGUAGACUGGCUUGCUUUGGGCUUAUUCAUCACCAUUGUACUGGUCAACGUAGCCGCUACUAUCUACGACAGCGUGCUUGAUGAUGAGGCGAAGACGAAUUUGAGCAAAGGUACAAGGGUAUUUCUCUGCUUUUCAAUAAUACGCAACUGGAACUAUUUGAGGUCACCGCCGAGCAAAGAUCCCAAAGUUAGCAUUUUUAAAGGAAUCAAUGCAAUGAGAACUAUAACAUCGUUUUUGGUUAUAUUGGCUCAUGUUAUGUGCAUUUUCACAUUGGGAUCCCUUUACAACACACAUGAUCACGAACGGUCAUUCUCGACUCCACAUUUUAGAAUCCUAUGGCAUGGUAUGCACUCGGUGCAAAUGUUCUUCGUGAUGUCGGGGUUACUGCUGGCUUACAAUAUGGAAGCAGGUUCAGAGACACGACCGAUCACUUGGAAGAUGGUGCCUCUGAUAGGUCUCCACAGAUUUUGGAGACUGACACCAGCGUUCGCAGUGAUGCUCGCGUUCACGGCCACCUGGCUCCGGCACCUGGGCUCCGGCCCGCUGUGGACCAAGCAGGUGGUGUCCGUCACGGAGCAGUGCCGCCAGUACUGGUGGACGCAUCUGCUCUACAUCAACAACUAUGUCGCCAGCAACGUAUUAUGUGCCGUGCACACUUGGUAUUCGGCAGCUGAUACUCAAAUGUUCUACAUUGGAUUAGCAGUACACAUAAUGACCAAGGGCCGAAAGCGGAAUCUAGUGCUGGCUGCGCUAACAAUCCUCGGCAUCGUGUUGCCAGCACUGCACGUCUGGUACUAUGACACGCAUGCAUUUAUGGUGUUCACGCCUGAAUUUGCACGUACAAUAAACACGGACGACUUCCGGCUGGUGUACGUGAUUGGCCACAACAAUAUCAUCUGCUACGUCUUCGGAAUGUACGCCGGCUACAGGCUCUACGAGUAUCGGAAGAAAGGCACCACAUUUGCGGGCAGCAAAAUCUACAAGUAUAUAUACUGGGCUUGCAUCCCGAUGAUUAUCGGGUUGGCCUUACUCGGAAGCGUUUUCUACAGCUCACCUACACUCCUGGUGAGGAUGGUGUACCAGGGUACCCACCGCAUUGUCAUCGGCGGCGCGGCUGUCUACCUUAUAUUAGGGUUCACCAUGAAAUUGGAUAACUUCCUCACGAGCAUGUUCGAGUGGGACGGGUGGGCGGUGUCCGGGCGGCUCACGUACUCUGUUUAUUUGCUACAUAUGAACGUUGUACACUACAUAAUUGGCUCAAAAUCAGUUCUGGUGGAAUUAAACUACUUUUCUGCGAUGUUAAUGCAAUUUGGCGUACUGACAGUGGCUUAUUUAAUUUCUAUCCCAUUCUAUUUGAUGGUGGAGGCGCCAAUGGAUCCUAUAUUGAAACUCGUCCUGACCCCCGCCAAGCGGGAUGACAAAUGCAUACCUGAACACGGGAAAUCGUACAUAACACAAGUGUACAAGAAAAAAGGUGAGGAAAACGAAAAACAACCAAUAGGAAAUGAUGCUAAGACCACGCAAGAGGAAAAUAAAAAGAAAUAAGAAUACACCAAUUGUAUGGUAACAUUGGUGCUGGGGAGAAAAGGAGAGAAGUGGGAAAUAUGAAUGUACCUCGUGGAUAACUGUAAAUAUGUAUAACCAAUACACAUAACUAUGCAAAAGUAAAUAUUUGACGUGGAAUAUAAACUACAAUCCAAUUGGAGACAUCUAAAAUGUAUAAAUAAUGUAUCUAUUAUGUAUUAUAGUAUGAAAUUUUGAAUCACUCUAUAUGAUAUACUUACUUAACAAUCGCCUCUCAUGCUCAUUAUUUUAUAUUAAAUCUAGAAUUAAUAUUGCA